AUGUCGCUUUUUAAAGAUCAAAAUGUGGAGGAAAAUUACCUUUAUAUGCUAAGCAUAGACUUCCCAGUACUUAGUUUGGUUAUUGGGAUUAUACUCACGAUUGUGGGGUCUUGCUUUAUGGCAUUUGGAAAUGCAUACAUGAAGAAGGGUCUUCACAUUCAACAACAGAAGUGUAUUAACAAUUCGCAAACAAGUGUUUCUAGUAUGGCAUACAAUGAAGUUACAUGGUGGAUAGGUGUGAUUGCAUACGCUUUUGGUGCAAUUGUUCAUAUUGUUGCACUUGGUUUUGCACCUGCUUCAAUUCUAGCACCUAUGAAUAGCUUUGGUUUAGUGGCCAAUGCAUUUGCUGCAGCAACUUUGCUUGACGAACACUUUGGAAUUUUUGAGUUAAUUUCUACUGUUGGAGUCAUUUUUGGAAUUUUUUUGUGUGCAAUUGCAUCAGUUAUUCCAACUGAGGCCCCGGCAAACAAAUAUUCAGGGAUCGAAUCUUGGUCAGAUCCAUAUUAUUUAAUUUAUAUCAUUUUUUGUUUUGUAUCCGCAUUAGCCGUCUUGAUUGUAAUUAACAAUGAGGAAGCGAAAUACAAUGAACAAAAAGAAAUUCAAACAAGAAGGGCAAUACUAAAAUCAUUGGAUGAAGAUUCACCUAGUAUUAUUCCGGCUGGGAAAGUAUCACCAAAUAAUUCAUUAAGUUUGAAUAAUCAUGCAAAAAUUAAAAUUACACUACCUAAAUAUCCCAAAUAUAUUAGUAUGUUGUAUGGUCUUUUAGCAGGUUUAAUAGGUGCCCAAUGCGUUCUCGAAAUUAAAGAAAUGGUUGCUUGGGGUGAAUUUGCACUACAACACACAAAGGAUUGGAUGUACAACAUACAACCAUAUGUUGCGUUUAUACUCUUCUCCACUUCUACUUGGCUUCAGAUGCAUUUUCUUAAUUUAGGGCUUGCUAUGGGAGACGCAACAUUGGUAGUACCAGCAUAUUAUGUUUUUUGGACACUUUUUAGUACUUUUGGUGGGUUCACCAAAUUUCACGAAUUCGAAGGGUUUACGCUUUUGAUGACAAUAAUUUUUUCUUUUGGAAUUAUUAUUACUACAUCAUUUGUAAUUGUGAUGUCAAUUAGAGAGAUUUUAGCAUUUAAAAAGGCAGUUGACGAAAGUGUGGCAGAUGAUGAUGGUGGGAUAAUAGAAGAAAUUCCUAAAUUAGAUGGAGUAAAAGGGAAUAUGCUUGAUGCUCAACUCCCUCUUGCAAUGGGUGUUUUAACUAUGAUAAAUGCAGGAAAACUUGCAGGUAAAUAUUUUAUGAAUGCAUCUGCUCAAUUAAGAAAAACAAGGAGUGCAUCUGAUUUAAUAGGCGAAAAAAGAGGAUCAAUUGAAAUUAUAAGUAAGCAAAAAGAUAUUUGGACAUUACCUAGUAAUGUAAAUUAUUCAAAUAUAAACGACCCUAAUUCACCUAUUUAUCAGAAUUCUGUUUGGAGACCCAAACCCAUUAAUGAGCUAGUUUUCGAAGAUGUCGAAUACAAAGAAAUACCCUAG